AAAUGUGAUGGGGGCGACACGGCGGCUCCGCGAUAAAAAAAAAAAUAAAAAAAAGUGGGAUCAGCUGAUGGGAAUCGAGUCACAAGCGAAAGAAGCAAACUCACACCGACUUUUCUACUCGUUCGUGAGCAGGACGUCCGGCUGAACUUCGGAUCGGCAUGUUGGAUUUAGUAACCCUGUCGCGAAGACUGAUCACAUCCAAGAUGUCCGUUUCCGUCCCAUCGUCUCCCGGGAGGAAGAUGGCGGCUCUUCAGGCCGACGCGGCUGAAGUUCCGGCCCUGGAGUCUAAAGUGGCGGCGCUGGUGGUCUUGCUGGUCAUCACGCUGCUCUUCAGUCUCAUCCCCCUGUUCCUCGUGCAGGGGGCGGGGCCCUGCAGCAUCCGACCAGAGACACGUCGGCGCCUGCUGACCUUGAUCAACUGUUUUGCGGGCGGAGUUUUCCUAGCAACGUGCCUGCUGGACCUUCUGCCAGACUACCUUCAGGGAAUAUCUGCUGCUUUCUCUAGUGCCGGAAUCACGCUGCAGUUUCCUCUGCCCGAGUUCAUCGUGGCCAUGGGCUUCUUCUUGGUUCUGGUCCUGGAGCAGGUGGUUCUUGCCUUCAAGGAACAGUCGUGGGCCCACGCUGAGGAGAGGCAAGGCCUGCUAGAGAACUCCAGCGUGCAGGCGAGUGUCGGUGAGGCGCCGCCCCCCCAGCGCCGUCACGCCAAGGAGGAGCCCGACUCUGCACCGCCGUCGACGUUGCGCGCCUUCGUGCUGGUGUUUUCGCUGUCACUGCACUCCAUCUUUGAGGGUCUUGCGGUGGGCCUGCUGGGACAAGGCCAGGAGGUCCUGGAGGUGUGUCUGGCUCUGGCCAUCCACAAGAGCGUCAUCUCGCUCAGCCUCGCCUUCACGCUGGCUCACGGACGCCUGCGACGCUCCCUGGUCGUCGCCUGCCUGCUCAUUUUUGCCGCCAUGGCGCCGCUGGGCAUCGGCCUGGGCAUCGGCCUCUCGGAGAGCGAAACGUCAUUGCAGGGGCGGCUGGCUUGUUACACGCUGCAGGGUGUGGCGACGGGCACCUUCCUCUACAUCACCUUCAUGGAGAUCCUGCCGCACGAGCUCGGCCAUGGGCGUGGCCGCGUGACCAAAGUUGCCGUGGCGCUGCUGGGCUUCGCCGUCGUCACCGCCGUGCUCUUCAUCAAGAUGUGACCGUGGCGGCGUGGGCUGGGACGUCUUUGCGAAAGUGGUGUCAGCACAUGACCUAAAGGGAAAGACUUGUAAACAACUUUUUUUUUUUUUUUUUUAAACAAUUUUUUUACCUGAAUCACAACAUGAACGUAAACCUAAUCUUGUCUUGUGAUUAAAAAUAAUAAUUUUAUUUUCUUUUAUUAAAGGCCUACUGAAAUGAGAUUUUCUUAUUUAAACGGGGAUAGCAGGUCCAUUCUAUGUGUCAUAUUUGAUCAUUUCGCGAUAUUGCCAUAUUUUUGCUGAAAGGAUUUAAUAGAGAACAUCGACGAUAAAGUUUGCACCUUUUGGUGCGGAUAAAAAAGCCUUUCCUGUACCGGAAGUAGCAGACGAUAUGCACGUGACGUCAUGGGUUGUGGAGCUCCUCACAUCUGAACAUUGUUUACAAUCAUGGCCACCAGCAGCGAGAGCGAUUUGGACCGAGAAAGCGACGAUUUCCCCAUUAAUUGGAGCGAGGUGGAAAGAUUUGUGGAUGAGGAAAGUGAGAGUGAAGGACUAGAAAAAAAAAAGACUAUACAGUGGGAGCGAUUCAGAUGUUAUUAGACAAAUUUACUAGGAUAAUUCUGGAAAAUCCCUUAUCUGCAAUUGCAAUUUAGUAAACUAAACCGGCCGUAUUGGCAUGUGUUGCAAUGUUUAAGAUUUCAUCAUUGAUAUAUAAACUAUCAGACUGUGUGGUCGAUAGUAGUGGGUUUUGGUAGAACUUUAAACCUAAUCUUGUUUUGUGAUUAAAAAUAAUAAUUUUCUUUUCUUUUAUUAAAGGCCUACUGAAAUGAGAUUUUCUUAUUCAAACGGGGAUAUCAGGUCCAUUCUACGUGUCAUACUUGAUCAUUUCGCGACAUUGCCAUAUUUUUGCUGAAAGGAUUUAGUAGAGAACAUCGACGAUAAAGUUCGCAACUUUUGGUGCUGAUAAAAAAGCCUUGCCUGUACCGGAAGUAGCAGACGAUAUGCACUUGAUGUCACGGGUUGUGGAGCUCCUCAGAUCUGAACAUUGUUUACAAUCAUGGCCACAAGCAGCAAGAGUGAUUCGGACCGAGAAAGCGACGAUUUCCCCAUUAAUUUGAGCGAGGAUGAAAGAUUUGUGGAUGAGGAAAGCGAGAGUGAAGGACAAGAAAGAAAAAAAAGACUAUACAGUGGGAGCGAUUCGAUUCAGUUAUUAGACAAAUUUACUAGGAUAAUUCUGGAAAAUCCCUUAUCUGCUUAUUGCGUUACUAAUGUUUUAGUGAGAUUAUAUGGUCGUACCUGUACAGCCUGAAGGUCGGCCCCGCACCUUUCUUCAGCACCAGUCGACGGGUGGUGGCGAUGCCCAUCUCUGCCCUUCGAAAAGGACCCUCUUCGAAACACAAUCUUUCGAAAUCAUUACUGCAUAAUACACUGUACUUUGUGUGUGGUCCAAUCCAACCGUGUUCGCUUGACCGCUCUGUUCUAUAGUAAAGCUUCACCGUCAUCUUUCGGGAAUGUAACAAUGAAACACCGGCUGUGUUUGUGUUGCUAAAAGCGGCCGCAAUACACCGCUUCCCACCUACAGCUUUCUUCUUUGACGUCUCCAUUAUUCAUUGAACAAAUUGCAAAAGAUUCAGCAACACAGAUGUCCAUAAUAUUGUGGAAUUAUGCAAUGAAAAGAGACGACUUAUAGCUGUGAACGGUGCUAGAACCAAAUGUCCUCUACAAUACGUGACGUCACGCGUACGCGUCAUCACACCGCGACGUUUUAGCAUGAUACUUCCGCGCGAUUUAGUAAACUAAAAAGGCCGUAUUGGCAUGUGUUGCAAUGUUAAUAUUUCAUCAUUGAUAUAUAAACUAUCAGACUGCGUGGUCGGUAGUAGUGGGUUUCAGUAGGCCUUAAAAAAAAAAUGUUUUUCUAGUCCUUCGCUAUUAAUAUCAUCAUCCACAAAUCUUUCAUCCUCGCUCAAAUUAAUGGGGAAAUUGCCGUUUUCUCGGUCCAAAUAGCUCCUGCUGCUGGUGGCUCCCAUUAAAAACAAUGUCAGGACCUCUCACCCUUAUGACGUCAUCGUCUGCGACUUCCGGCAAAGGCGAGGCUUUUUUAUCAGCACCAAAAGUUGCAAACUUUAUCGUCGAUGUUCUCUACUAAAUCCUUUCAGCAAAAAUAUGGCAAUAUUGCGAAAUGAUCAAGUAUUACACAUAGAAUGGACCUGGUAGCCUCGUUUAAAUAAUAAAAUCUCAUGAUUUAGGGCUAUAUAAGUAAACAUUGAUUGAUUGAUUGAUUUCAGUAGGCCUUUAAUGAAGAUGAAGUAGGCGGGGCUACAGUCAGGCUAAAUUUCAGGGUAGUGCAGUAACGAGGCCUGACCGACAGGGGGCGGGCAAACACCGUGUCCUCCAGGUUGUGAGGAUGGAUUACUCACGUCGACGUACAAAUCUCACUCGCUUUGUUUAUACGUAUUGUUACGGACGAAAACAAGCCAUUAAAGUGAGGUUGUUGCUCUCGA